AUGGCACCACCCUCGAUCCUCAUCAUCGGCGCCACAGGCAACACUGGCCGCGGCGUCACCUCAACGCUUCCCUCCCUUCUCAAACAAACCAAAUCCCUCUCCAACCACCACAUCAUCGCCCUCUCACGCUCUAAGGACUCACCCGCCGCCAAAACCACUGCCGCCUCCGGCAUCGAAGUCAUAGAAUUUAACUGGAUCGAACUCACCGCCUCCUGGCUUGAAUCCCAUAAAGUCCAGCGCAUUUUCAUCGCCUCCCACAACGAACCCACCCAUUUCGCCGAAGAAGGCCAGUUACAUAAUGAGGCAUUGCUGGCGGGAGUGAAGUACGUUGUCCGUAUCUCCACGACGGCGGCGAACGUCGCGCCGAACUACAGGGCGUAUUAUCCCAGGACGCAUUGGGCUAUUGAUCAGAUGCUGAGCUCCAAGGAAUUUGACGCGAUGGAGUAUACCAGUCUACAGCCAAACGUGUUCUUCCCAUACAGUAUGCAAGGGGCCGUGGACUUUAUCCGCCACUACCGCAAAACCGGCUCCCAGCCCGAGGAAGGCCUCUCGACUAUGCUGGACGAACACGCCCCUGUGGGCAUCAUUGCCGCAGACGAUGUCGGUGUCUUCGCCGCCCACCUCCUCGCCUCCGACAACAUCUCCCCCCACGCUGGAAAGCACUACGUCCUCAACGGACCGGAGGAUAUCAGCGGACGGAAGAUCGUGGAUUUGGUGGAGGAGUAUAUCGGCGGGGAGAAGGUGAAGAAGACGGUGUUUAGGGAUCUGAGGUUGAUUGAGAAGUGGGCGGAUGCGACGCAGAAUGGGAGCAAGAAUGUUAUUAGGAGUGUUGUGAAUGCGCCGGUGACGGGGUAUGAGGGUAAGUGUAAGGCGGAGACGACGAGUGAGGAGGUGUUGCGUAUUGCGGCGCCGAAGGGGACGGCGAGGGGGUAUUUGGAGGGGAUGUUGAAGGAGUAG